AUGGCGAAAAAUCGCCGACGCUGCUUCUUUGAUGUUGCCAUCGAUGGCAGAGACGCUGGCAGAAUAGUAUUCGAGCUGUUUGAUGAACUAGCUCCAAAAACAUGUGAGAACUUCCUCCAGCUAAGCAGUGGUAAAGCUGGAAACAGUAAGAAAUCGGGAAAACCACUUCAGUACAAGGGUUCAACUUUCCACAGAGUCAUCAAAGAUUUCAUGAUUCAAGGUGGUGAUUUCACUCAUGGCAAUGGAACCGGUGGUGAGUCCAUAUACGGAGAAAUGUUCGAUGAUGAAGAUUUCACUGAAAGACACGAUGUACCCUUUUUGCUUUCCAUGGCUAAUAAGGGUCCUAAUACAAACGGAUCUCAAUUUUUCAUUACUACUAAACCCGCCCCGCACUUGAAUGGCAAACAUGUAGUCUUCGGCAAGGUUGUUUCUGGCUCAGAAGUUGUCACUCAAGUUGAACUUCUCAAAGUUGACGCGAAAAGCAGACCUCUAGCUGAUGUUAUAAUUAUUAAUAGCGGAGAGUUAGUCCGCAAGAAGAAUGUUAGAGCUUCAAGUGAAAGUGACAGUAGCUCAUCAUCCGAUGAAGAUGAAAAAUCUCAUAAGAAAAGAAGCAAGAAGAAAGACGAAGACGAAAAAGAGAACAACGCUGUCGAUGAAAUUCAGGUUUCUACUAUUCAAGCAUCAGAUCUCCCACCUGAGCCUUCUAACCAACAUUCGUUCCUAAUGAGAAGAUCAAAAACUCCGGAAGGAAAAAGACGGCAAAAUGAUAACAGAGAUUAUCGUGAUAGAAACAGGGAACGCGACAGAGACCGUGAUCGUGAAAGAGACCGUGAUCGCGAUCGUGAACGCGACAGAGAUCGUGACAGGGACCGUGAUCGUGAUCGUGAUCGUGAUCGUGAUAGAGACCGUGACCGUAACAGGGAUCGGGACCGUGAUCGUGAUCGCAGACACCGUGACAACAGUAGAAGCAGGGACCGUAGUCGUGAAAGAGAACGUAGCCGUGAUCGUGAUCGCAGUCGACGAGGAAGAUCCAGAAGUCCAAGAAGAAGCAGUAAUAGAGAUAGGGAUCACAAGAGCCAUUCUGGGAGAGAUAAAGAUAAUGACAGAGAUGUCCGGAGAUCUGAUGUCAAAAUUAAGGGAAGAGGUCAACUUCGUUUCACACGUAUGGACAGAAGCUCAACACCACCUCAUUGGCGCAGAGAACAGAAUAAACUGAUGACUUUGGAUCAGCUUCAUACAAAGAGGGAAGAAAUGGGCGGAGGAAGUACUGUGGUUAAGGCUAUGCCUGGCAGUCAUGCUGAUGCCAAUGAAGAUAAAGUGGAGGAAGACAAGCCUGAAGAAGAUAAGGAAGAGGUUGAAGAUGCUCCUGAGCUAGAUGAUGCUCCAGAGCUUGAUGAUGCUCCAGCGUCCGAGGGUGCUCCCGCUUCUGAUAAAGAAGCUUCACCCGCUCCCUCUGCUGAGAAUAAUGACGAUUAA